UCAAGCGGUUUACUUAAUUGAACUACUUAAUUAAAGUAAUUCCUGUUUUGCGUCCGUUCUUACGUGAAAUUUAGGGAAGAGUGUAAUUGAUAAAAUAAGAAUAAAAUUUCCCAUAAUUGAGUUACCGCUUUUCACAAGAAAGGUUGGCAAAUUUGAAAAAAAACCCUAGGAAGUGAAGUCCACCUCAGAGGUUUCGCUUUUGUCUGUGCUUAGAAAUUAUCGAUAUUUACAAACCUUAUCUUUUUCGUUAAUAUUCAUAUCGGUGAAAUACCAUGUAACACAUCUCUACCUUUUCUUCGUUGCCAUUAUUUAUUCAAAGCUGAAUAUUUUACAUUUACUUAACUUAUUGAUUAUUGAUUUAACUAUCUUAUCUACUUUGCCAAUUUUCAUUAUCACAUUCAGGACGGCUUCAUCCAUCAAAGAAGUGUUAUUUCAUUAAUUAAUAAUAAUGUAUAAGCAUUUCAGUUACAAAAGACCAACUUAUUAGUAUUAUCGUAUCAUUUUAUAAUUUAUUUAUGAACACCUAAUUAAUCGUGGACAAUGAAGAAACGUUACUUAAAUAUCUUUAAAGCUAAAGUCUGGCGACAGUAACGUUGAUAGCGAAAAGUUACUUAAAAUCGUGCCCCUAACAAUAUACUUCAAGCUUAAGGUCAUCCGGGCUGCCUCCUCUAUAGUAAAUAUUUACGAAAAGAAUAGUAAACCGGACUGUAGUAUUGAACCAAACAAAAAAAAAAUCACGCAUAACGUAUUUAUUUACCUAUCCCUCAUCAGUGACUAUUACAACGUAAACAAUAAAGGGAAAUAAUAAAUAAAUAAAUACGUAUCACGUGUCGGCCAACAGUGAUUCACUGGUGACCGUCACAGCAAUGAAUAGAUUAAAGUGUUAGGAUGACAAAUAUCCAAUCCUUUAACACAGUUCCAGGUACUGGGAAUAAUAGUAAAUGUUCGUUUCCGUGAUUAUCUUGGCUAUCUUUGGCUUGCCUGAAUCAAACAAAUCAAUAUCCAAAGUUUCGUUGUGUUUAACUUUUCCCUCGAUUCUUUGACUCGAUGUUGACAAAUCCGUUUGUAUCUUAACGACACUCCCUAUAUCCGUGACAUCGGACAGUCAUUUGACACCGCACGGCCAUGCAAUCUUAUCCUUGUAAGCAUUCGCACCCACAAGGUACUCUCGAACCUCGCACCCCUCACUCUCAUGCGGCAAAAAAUUCUUCAGCCUUGGUCCGAACGCACAUAGAAACUGCGGUCUCACAAACGUCGAUUUUAAGGAUCGUAAGUUCGUGUAAAAUUCUACUAUCGACGAUUUUGAAGAAAUGCAAUAAAAUUGUCCAUUCUACUUUAAGUGGAAAUUUCAUUUGAAGAUAAUACAUUGAUAAUAGUAAAAUAGUUUUUUUUGCUUUGAGCUAUUGGGCAAUGAACGACAUUGAUUUUUGUUAAAUUAAUCUAGAAAUCUUCAUCACGAGUCUCACUCGUCAUUGUAUGGCAAGGGGUUAAUCACUUGUAUGUACAUUUGUGUAUACAUGUUUUUCAAUUAUGCGUAUAUACGCUUUUCACUAUAUAAAAUAAUGAAUAAUAAAUAAUGAAUUAUAGAAUAAUAAAAAUUACACGUGACAUGCUAUAUUUGUAACAUUUGUCGAAAGUAACCGCGAUCUGUUUGUGCUAUAAGCUUGAUAAAUUUUCAUACAGUGAUAAUCAUUCUAUUUCUUGAAGUUACCAGAACUAAAAAAGAAAUAGUUCUUUUGUCUUGUAACGUGUCCGCUUUUAAAAUUAUUCAUACACACGAACAUCUUUCAUUGUCCCUUCCUACAAACAUCGAAUUAUACGUAUUCACGAAGAUACACCAUCACACUCGAAGACAAUGCACCAUCACACUCGAAGGCAAUGCACCACUAUGGUUAUAAACACAACGUUAUUACCCUCUUAACUUGCCUUAACCAAACUCUACUCAAGGCCGUGUUAGUCGACAGAAACCUUAGGCAUAAUGUCUGGAGUGUAUGAAAAAAAUGUUAACCCCAAUAAAAAUAGAAUGUAAUUAAAAAAAUAAAUGAAUUAAACAUCUGUUACGUAUUUUCCAACGAAUCGUUAAAAACAAAUUAUAUCUGUUUCAAUGAAUAUCUGAUCAUAUAAAUUAAUUUUUUUCCUGGUGCAUACAUUAGGUUGUAGAUAAUAUGUAGUACUUGUGUCUAACGUGAUAGUUAAAAUAUUAAAAUUUAAAUCUCACAGAUGAAAUUUUAUGUAGAUGCAUUGCAUAAUAAUUAUACACUGUCAAUAUACCGUCAAUGUAAAUGUAUGCUCCACAUUACGGUUACAUUUCAACGUGAUCGGUUAUUAACUGAUUCUCAACCAUAAGGUAGGGAUGAGAUAUGAAGCCUUGUCCAACGUUGGAUGCGACAGUAUCACGACGCGUCUCCAUGCGGAGUCUAACGAAUCCGUUAUAAACGACCUCUGCGCCUCCGCGGUUUACAGUGUUGCAUUUUGUACAGUGUCGAGGGUCGCUUGAUACAAACCCCACAUUGUGGCCAACAGUGCAAUAUAGUAUAUCUAUGAUGGAAAUCUUAGUGGUACAUGGCUGAUAGCGAUCGUCGGCCGUUAAGGAGAGAAAGAGAAAGCACGCUGAUGUGUGUACGAAUGCCACUGCCGGAAAGAAGAUAGAGAAUGGGCACGAAAGUACUCAUCGAGAUGCAACAACAGCUGAGGUACCCCAUGUGUAGUUCGGAAAACGCGCCAACCAGCACCAAAAAGUUGGACGACGCGAUGGAGAUGAACGACUCGAUAUUUCUAGUCUUCGAGGAUAUUUGUUACACCGCGCGACCGUGGAUACUUUUCAAAGAGAAGUUGCAGUUGCUGAAGAAUCUGAGUGGGGAAUUCAGAGCUGGCGAGCUCACAGCGAUCAUGGGACUAUCUGGCGCGGGAAAGUCUACGCUGAUGAAUGUACUGGCAGGCUUCACGACGAUCGGUGUAACCGGAAACAUAAUGGUGAAUUCAAGGAUCAGAAAUCUUUCUGAAUUUAAAAGAUCGUCCGCGUAUAUAAUGCAAAACGACAAUUUGCAGCCGCUAUUGACAGUACAAGAAGCAAUGGAGGUUGCUGCGGAUCUUAAACUUACCGUGAGUGAUGGGGAGAAAAAACAGAAGAUCGACCAAAUUUUAGUUACAAUGAACCUGGACUCAUGUCGUAAUACGCGUACAGGGUGGCUCAGCGGUGGGGAAAGGAAAAGACUGGCUAUUGCCUUGGAAUUAUUAAACAGUCCACCGAUUUUGUUCCUCGACGAACCUACUAGUGGAUUAGACAGCGUCACCUCAAAGUAUUGUAUAACAUUGCUGAAGCAAUUGGCGAAGUCGGGGCAGACGAUAAUUUGCUCGAUUCAUCAGCCGAGCGCAUCGCUUUUGAACAUGAUAGACCACCUUUAUGUCGUAGCAGACGGAAGCUGUGUCUACAGCGGUAGCACGCAGAAUUUAGUGCCUUAUUUGAGUAGCCUCGGACUGCAAUGCCCGACGCAUUACAAUCCAGCCGACUAUUUGAUGGAAAUCUGUAAUGGAGAUUAUGGCAGAUACGUGCCGGAAUUAGUAGACGCUAUUGAGAAUGGAAAAAAUAAUGCUUGGAGGUCAACGAGCAAUGUAACCGUCAAUUGUCAAGAGGAAGUUAUCGCUUUAAAUGUAACAGCAUCAUUCCAAGCGCUUCGACAGCGGCACCCGAUGGAAAUGGAUCCUAUUCGCAGGAAACCUAAGCGUUCCUCCGAUUACGCCACAAAUUCUUUGAGACAGGUGAUCAUCCUUCUCAAAAGAAAUGCCAUUAGACUAUCUAGGGAUAAGGUGUUAACUUUCACACGGCUUGCAAUGCAUUUUGUAAUUGCUCUGCUUGUUGGGACUAUAUAUUUCAGAAUUGGACAGGACGCGGUAUACGUCCUGGAUAAUUUCAACCUUUUGUUCUUCAAUAUAAUGUUUCUAAUGUUCAGUGCCUUUAGUGCGACUGUUACUACGUUUCCCACGGAGUUACCGAUUAUAACGCGCGAACACUUUAAUCGUUGGUACAAGUUGCCCUCUUUUUACCUUGCCAAUAAAUUGGCGGACAUUCCCAUUCAAUUCGUGGCGAUAUCCAUGUACAUUCUUAUAGUGUAUUAUAUGAGCGAUCAACUUCUGGAACUGCGACGUUUUUGUCUGUAUAUUUUAAUGUGUUUCGCUGUUAGUAUGGUUGCUCAAACAAUCGGUCUUUUGAUUGGAACCGGAAUGAAAUUACAGCAUGGUAUGAUCUUUGGACCUCUUUUUAUUCUUCCUUUCUUAAUAUUCAGUGGAUUCUUUGUUCAAUUCAGGGAUGCUCACCCGUAUCUACGCUGGCUGUUUCAUUUGUCAUUUCUUAAGUAUGGUUUUGAGGGUGUAAUGGUUGCUAUUUAUGGUUAUAAUAGACCAAAGCUGUCCUGUUCGGACGUCUAUUGCCAUUUCGCUUGGCCAGAGAAACUAUUGAACGAAGUAGACAUGAAGCAAGCCGACUACUGGUUCUGUAUGAUCGUUCUAACGUGUUUGUACUUCGUGCUAGACAUUGGCGCGUUCACGUUGUUGAAAUUAAGACUGGAGAAACGCUUGUAAACAUUGAAAUCAAAAUUACCGUACGAGAUUUAGUGAAAUAUGAAAUCUUUUCCACGGUCGAUACGUGUUGUGUUCAGUUUAGUGCAAGUAGAACAAUAUUAAUGAAUUCUUCUGAAAGACUGACUUCUAUUUCAAAUGUUUUGUUCAAGUGUGGGGAAGAAAACUUUGUGAAAAGACUGUUCGCCGAAAGGAAAUAAUUAUUGUUGCAUUUAUUGCGCUUCGUUAAGGACACGACGAAUACAUGUUCUACGAUAUGUUAUAUUAUUAUGCGCGUGAUAAGUACGCGCGUGAGGCGCGUCGUGAUACGAAAAGUUUUUAUCGCCUUAAGAUAAGCACGGUAUCAUGGAUCAAUAUUCUUCUGAUGCUGUGUUUCGUUUUAAACGAUAAGAAUUGAUUUCUUCUUUUCCUGUUUGCACAAACUAAGUUGAUACCGAUUACCGAACGAGAGAGUGACAGAGGUUAAUAAUUUUAAGAAUAUAAUUAACUGUAUCUUUUGUAUUUGCAUCAUCGUAUUUAAAGGGCACAUUAAAUCAAAUU